AUGAUACAAAUGCACAGAGAUCUGGUUAUAUGCCAAGCUGCCUACGACAUACAAUAUGCCGGCAUCAGCAAGCGAAUCAACGCGGAGGACGAUGACUAUAUCAAGUGCUCACUUCGACCGGUGCUAGAUGAAGUCCGUCUACUAGUGUCAAGGGAAGAGGCUCCCACACAACAGGUCGACUUAGUUCCCUCGCAUGCCAUCAUACCAGCCACCAUGACUGGGCUCACCACUGUCCCAGAUGACAACGAUGACGAUGAUGAGGUGGCAACUUCCACAAGUACAACAGGUUCGAUGUUCACUGCCAAAGAGACCCUUGAACAAUCAGAUAAGGCUGUCGGAGAUGAAAUCAACAACGAACACGACCUGGACGGCCUUGAUAACCUUGACGACCUCGAUUACCUCGACCACCUCCAACCGAAUGGUGGAAUGGAAUCCAUGGACAAUCGUCCAUCUACAAGAGAGUCUCCCUAA